AUGAAUAAAAAAUUAUUUAUUUUUGGAUUAUCAUUAUUUUUAUUUUUAUUUAUAUUUAAUUUAUCAUUAAGUUUAAAAUUAUCAUCUAAAAAUAACUUUUAUAAUCAUAAUCAUAUAAAUAAUCAAAUUCAUAGAAAUAAUGAAGGUAAUAAUAAAUUAUCAAAAUUAAUUCAUUUACAUAAUGAUGUAAUUGAUACAACCAUUUCAAAUAGAGAUAAUAUUUUAUUUAAUAAGAAAUCUUUAAAUCAAAAAUCAAAGGGAAGUUUAUUUUUAGUCCAUUUAAAUGGACCAAUUGAAAAACAAGUACAUAAUGAAUUAAUAAAACAAUUGGAUCAAUUAUUUAAUGGUGGUGAAAUUAUUCAUUAUAUUCCUGAUAAUACUUAUUUAAUAUCAAUGAUUGGUAGUGACAACAAUGAUAAUAAUAAUAAUAACAAAAUUGAAUUAAUUAAUAGAUUAAAAGAAUUAAUACCAUCAAUUCAAUGGUUAAAACCAUUAGAACCAAGAUUAAAAAUUUCACCAUUAUUUAAACAAAAUCAAUUCCAAGGUGAUAAUCAAAAUGAAAUUGAUCAACUUAGAAUUUAUUAUCAUGAAAAUAGUAAUCAACAAUCAAAUGAUAUUGAUAAUAUUAUUUCAGAAUCAUCAUUAACUUUGGUUGAAAAAGAAUUAAUUUCAAAUAAUAAUAAUAAUAAUAAUAAUGUUUUAAUUACAGUUAAUUUAAAAAAUAGUAAAUUAUCAUUAGAAUCAAUAAUUUAUAAAAUUUCAACAAGGUCAUUAGUUUAUUGGAUUGAACCAAGUUCAAGUAAAUUAAUUAAACAUACACCAAGUAAUAAAUUUGCUCACUAUUCAAUUCAAAGUGGUAGUGCAUCUACAACUUCAACCCCAAUUUGGGAUGUUAUUGGAAUUAAAGGUGAUGGUGAAAUUGUUGGUUGUGCAGAUACUGGUAUUGAUAUUAAUCAUUGUUUCUUUUAUGAUACAAAUCCAAUUGGUUCGACUCAUAGAAAAAUCAUUUCUUAUUCAAGUGGAAAUGGUGAUCAAAUCGAUGAAAUUGAUGGUCAUGGUACUCAUAUUGUUGGUACUAUUAUAGGCUCAACUACUGUGGAUCCAAGUGUUUCAGAAUUUAGUGGUGGCGCUCCAAAUUCAAAGGUUGCAUUCGUUGAUUUACAAGUUGGUAGUGGUAAUGGAUUAUCAAUUCAAUCAAAUUUAACAGCAAUCUAUCAAUCAACCUAUGAUCAAAAUGCAAAAGUACAUUGUGAUGCAUGGAAUUCAAAUAUUGGUCCAUUCUAUACUGGUGUCACUGAAAUGAUAGAUAGAUUCCAAUGGGACCACCCAGAUUUCCUUGUAGUUAGAUCAGCAGGAAAUAAUGUAAACUUUGGUUUCAAUUCAAUCUAUACCUUAUCACAAGAAUCAACUAGUAAAAAUUCAUUGGUAGUUGGUAGUUCAAAUCAACCAUCAAGUACCUAUUUAUCAUCAAUUGAUUAUUGGGACUGGGAUUUCAUUUAUAAUUCAAUUAGAACUUCAGUUUGUACUCAAGGUCAAUCUAUUUAUGGUAUAACUUGUUCAGAUGUACCAACUCAAACAACCUCUGUCGAUAUUCAAACUCAAUGUUGUUCAAAUCCAAUUUUGGCUAAAAUUUGUUGUUCAACUGAAAUUCAACAACAAUAUCAAACCAAUUCAACAGUUUAUAGUGAAUUCAUUCCAAGUUUAUUUAGUGGUGUUGGUCCAACAUCUGAUGGUCGUUUGAAACCAGAUUUAUUAGCACCAGGUUCACCAAUUAUUUCAUCACGUUCUUUGGGUCCAUCAUCAACCAUUAAUCAUUGUUCACCAAUUACAUCAGGUAUUGCAACAUCGGCUUUAAUCGCUAUGGAAGGUUCAAGUCAAGCAGCUGCUGUCGCUACAAGUGCCGCAGUUUUAGUUCGUCAAUACUAUAGAGAUGGUUAUUUUAUUAAUGGUAAAGUUAAUUCAUCUGUGGGAUUCCAACCAUCAGCAUCAUUGGUUAAAGCAACCUUAAUCAAUACUGCAAGUAUUAAUGUUGAUUCAACAUUAGAAUAUUCACAAGGAUUUGGUAAUAUUCAACUUUCAAAGUUAAUCACAACUACAAAUGCCCAAACCACAUCUUUAGACAUUCCAUCAUCAAUUGAAAAAGCUGAUCCAAUAAUUAAUACUGGUGAAACCAAUUCAUAUUGUUUCUCACUCGAUAGUAAAGCAGAUAUUGAUAUAACAUUGGUUUGGACAGAUCCUGCCGGUUCACCAUUAUCAACAUUUACUUUGGUAAAUAAUUUGGAUUUAGCUUUACUUGCAUUUGUUGAUGGUGAACUUUCAAUAUAUUCAGGAAAUAGUGAAACCAUUUUCAAAAAUACAAGCCAAGUAAUUUUCGAUCAAUUAAAUAAUGUUGAAGUCAUUAGAAUUAAGGAUGCACCAAUUGGUAGUUAUGAUGUUAAAAUAUUUGGUACAAAUAUUGUAAUUCCAAAUCAAUCCUAUUCAGUUGUAAUUAGAACUUCCGGUGGUACAACUUUAAUGAAGGAAUCAGAAUGUGCUCAAUGUUUCUAUGAUCCAAAUGAUGAUCAAUCUCAAAUGUGUGAAUUUGAUAAUGGUAUUGGUACACAAUAUUGUAAAGAUGAUAAUAGAUUUUCAAAAUGUGUCGUCUAUGAAUGUAAUACAGGUUAUGUCUUUGAUAAUGGUAUCACAAAGUCUUGUGUAACCACCUUGGCAUUAACACUCUAUGAUAUUGUAUUAUUGGGUAUUUUUGGUAUAAUUAUUGUUGGUGCUGUAAUAUUUGUUUUGGUUUGUUAUAAAUCUAAAUCAUUGGAUCAAAAUAAAUAUUUUUCAUUAUCAAAAGAUAAAGGAGGUGAUGGAAAUUCAAUAAGAUCAAAUAGUGUUGCUGGAAAUAAUAAUAAUAAUAAUAAUAAUAAUAAUAAUAAUAAUAAUAAUAAUAAUAAUAAUAAUAAUAAUAAUAAUAAUAAUAAUAAUAAUAAUAAUAAUAAUAGUAAUGGAAAACAAUCAAAUAUUGAAUUAAAUUCAGUUGGUGGUGGUGAUGAUGGUACUCCAAAUGGUGAUGAUCAACAACAACAAAAUAACUCACCACAAUAUGAUGAAGAUGGAAGAUUAAUUUCAGGUCAAGAAGUUGAAAUUUCAAUAUUUGAAGUAAUUUCAUUAGGUAAACCAGAAAGUAAAAUCUUGGGUUUAGCAUUAUUUUUAUCAUUCAUUGAUGUUGCAUUAGGUUUAGCAGUACCAUUAGUAGCAGCCAAUAUUUUCGAUUAUUUAUAUGCAGGUGAAACGGGUAAAAUCUCAACAACUAUUUUAACAUUUGCCUUAAUUAUCAUUGGUAUGAUUAUUGUUCAAUUCUUGUCUGGUAUUUUAUUAGCUUUGGCAGGUCACAGAAUUAUUGCAAGACUACGUCGUGAAAUGUUUGCAUCCCUUUUGAAACAAGAUAUGGCAUUCUUUAAUGAAAGAAAAACUGGUGAACUAAUGAGUCGUUUAGCAAGUGAUGUAUCAUCAGUACGUUCAAUUAUCUCUGAUAGUAUUCCACAUAUGAUCAUUCAAAUUGCUACCAUUGGUGGUACAUUAAUUAUGUUAUUUAUUAUCUCUUGGAAGUUAUCAUUGGUUGUACUUUGUCCAUUACCAAUUCUAUUGGUUUUCUCAAAAUUCUAUGGUGGUUAUAUUGAAGUUAUCUCUGUUAAAGUUCAAGAUGCUUUGGCCGAUGCUGCAACUCAUGCAGCUGAAACUUUAUUCAAUAUGAAAACCGUUCGUUGGUUCUCUGCUGAAGAAAGAGAAGUUGCAAAAUUCUCAAAACUUAUUAGUGUAUCUUAUAAAAUUGCUUUAAAAAUGACAAUUUGGAAUGGUAUUUAUUCUUCAACUUCUGGUAUUUUUGAACAAUUAUCAGUAUUUAUUUUAUUAUGGUAUGGUUCAUCAUUAGUUAGUAAUGGUGAUUUAACACCAUCAAUGCUAAUUGCUUUUAAUUUAUUUUUACCAUUUAUUACUGGAGCAGUUACACAAGUUGCAUCAUUGUAUACAACCUAUAAAUCCUAUAAAGGAUCUAGUUAUAGAUUCUUUGAAAUUAUGCAACGUGUACCGGAUAUCCAAGGAGAAGGUGGUAUAACUCGUACUAAAGUUCGUGGUGAUAUUCAAUUUAAUAAGGUUAGUUUCGCAUAUUCAUCAAAUCCUGAUCAACUAGUUUUGGAAAAGAUUGAUAUCAAAUUUGAACCAGGUACAAUUACAGCAUUAAUUGGUCCAUCAGGUGGUGGUAAAUCAACUAUGCUUUCAUUGAUUGGUAGAUUAUAUAAUAUCGAUGGUGGUUCAAUUACAUUGGAUGGCACAAACAUUAAAGAUUUCAAUGUACCAAAUCUUCAUGAACAUAUCUCAAUUGUAAAUCAAGAACCAUCAUUAUUUAGUGGCUCAAUUGCAGAGAAUAUUAUGUUUGGUAAACCAACUGCAACCCGUUCAGAGAUUAUUGAAGCAUGUAAACAAGCAAAUGCCCAUGAUUUCAUCACUGCAAUGCCAGAAGGUUACGAUACAUUAAUUGGUGAACGUGGUACAGCUUUAUCAGGUGGUCAAAAGCAACGUAUCGCAAUUGCACGUACUAUCAUCAAAAAUCCAACCGUUCUCUUAUUGGAUGAAACCACUAGUGAGUUGGAUGUAGAAAGUGAGAAAUUAGUUCAAGAUUCCAUUGAUAAAUUAGUAGUAGGCCGUACAGUUAUCAUUGUAGCUCAUCGUCUUACAACAAUUCUAACCGCUGAUAUCAUUGCCGUAGUAAGUGAUUCAACCAUCUCUGAAAUGGGUACACCAGAGGAAUUGUUGGCAAAGAAGGGUAUGUUUUAUGAUUUCGUUCAAAUUCAAUAUGGUAAACAAGGUGAAGAACUUGAUAUUCAAUUACCAAGUAAUAGUAGAAAUACUAGAAAUGCUGAUAAAUUACGUAAUCGUUCUGAAACUAUCAAACAAAUUGCUAAAAUUAAUAAUAUCAUACCAAUUCAUCGUCCACAACGUGGCGACGACGACAACGAAGAUGACGAAAAUAAUAGUGGCCAAGGUUCAUCACGUUCACCACCACCAAUGUGGAGACAAGCCAAGAAGAAUGCAAAUGUUAAUAAAUCAAUGUUAUUAACUCGUCGUAAUACUCAUGUACAACAUCAAUCAUCAUCGGGUGGUUGGCAAAAAGGUAAUGUUGAUGAUAAACUUCAAAGAGUUUUACAAAAAUCAAGAAAGAAAGGUUUCAUGAAUAAUCAAGACCAUAAAGACAUUAAAGCAACACUUGUAUUAUAUUAA